UACUUAAUUUGUUUAUAAAUUCUUAAUAGUUUGUUAAGAAACAAAUAAGAUUUCCAUUUUUAAAUAAUUCCCCUCGACAUAUAAAUUAUUCACCUAGUAAAAAUAAUACGCAAAACAAGUCUUAUUUAGAAUAAAAUGUUUCGUGCGCCGCUUGUCAAGGCAUUAGCUGCAGGCUCGGGCUCUCCCGUUCAUCGGGUAGCCAACGUAGCGGCGAUACGUACCAGCGCAGCAGUUGCCCAAACGCCAGCCAAGGCACCCGAGAAGAUCGAAGUGUUUGUUGAUGACAUCCCAGUGAAGGUGUUGCCCGGCACCACUGUUUUGCAAGCUGCAGCUAUGGUUGGUGUUGAAAUUCCAAGAUUCUGCUACCAUGAGCGUUUGGCUGUUGCUGGAAAUUGCCGUAUGUGUUUGGUUGAAGUGGAGAAGAGUCCCAAACCUGUGGCCGCCUGUGCUAUGCCAGUUAUGAAGGGCUGGCGCAUUAAGACCAAUUCCGAUUUAACACGCAAGGCUCGUGAGGGUGUUAUGGAAUUUUUGCUUAUGAAUCAUCCUUUGGAUUGCCCAAUUUGUGAUCAGGGUGGAGAGUGCGACUUGCAAGAUCAAGCUAUGGCUUUUGGAUCAGAUCGUUCUCGUUUUGUUGACAUCAACCACACCGGCAAGAGGGCUGUAGAAGAUAAGGACAUUGGUCCAUUGGUCAAGACUAUCAUGACACGAUGCAUUCACUGCACUCGGUGCAUUCGGUUUGCAUCUGAAAUUGCUGGUGUCGACGAUUUGGGUACAACUGGACGUGGUAAUGACAUGCAAAUCGGAACCUACGUCGAAAAGUUGUUCCUUACUGAAUUGUCUGGAAACGUUAUUGAUUUGUGCCCCGUCGGAGCUUUGACCAAUAAGCCAUACAGCUUCACAGCUCGUCCUUGGGAAAUUCGCAAAAUCAGCAGUAUUGACGUUUUGGAUGCAAUUGGCAGCAACAUCGUUGUAAGCACUCGCACCAAUGAGGUAUUGAGAAUUUUACCCCGCGAAAAUGAAGACAUCAAUGAAGAAUGGUUGGCCGAUAAGUCUCGAUUUGCCUGUGAUGGUUUGAAACGCCAACGCUUAGUAGCUCCAAUGGUUAGAAUGCCAAAUGGUGAGUUGCAAGCAGUUGAAUGGGAAGGUGCAUUGAUCUCUGUGGCCAAGGCACUUCAAAAGGCACCAAAAGGAUCAGUUGCAGCUGUUGUUGGUCAGUUGGCUGAUGUUGAAUCGAUGGUUGCAUUGAAGGAUUUGAUCAAUCGCAUUGGAUCAGAGACACUUUGCACAGAGAAAGGUUUCUGCUCCAAGGGAUCCAGCAUUGAUUUGCGGUCAAAUUACUUGUUGAAUUCAACAAUUGCUGCUUUGGAGGAAGCCGAUGCAGUUCUUUUGGUUGGUACCAAUCCACGUUAUGAGGCCCCACUUCUUAAUACUCGUCUUCGCAAAAGCUAUGUGCAUAAUGAACUCGACCUGGCAUUGAUUGGACCUAAAGUUGAUUUGUCAUACAAACACGAACAUUUGGGAGACGAUGCAAGUUUGAUCACUCAAGUAUGCAACGGAAGUCAUCCAUUCUCGAAGGUUCUUGAGGCCGCCAAGAAGCCAGCUAUCAUAGUUGGUGCUGAUCUAUUGGAGCGUGCCGAUGGUGCUGGAAUCCAUGCCACUAUUCAUUCCUAUGCAAAGAAGUUAAGCAAGCCAGAAUGGAAUGCCUUCAAUGUGUUGCAAACUAAUGCCUCACAGGCCGGAGCUUUGGAUAUUGGUUGUCAGCCAGGUAUUAAUGCAGCUAUCAAAGCUCAACCCAAAGUAUUGUUCUUGCUUGGUGCCGAUGCUGGUGUUGUUAAACGUGAUCAAUUGCCAAAGGAUUGUUUUGUUGUGUAUAUUGGACAUCAUGGUGAUGCUGGUGCAACAAUUGCUGAUGCUGUCUUACCCGGAGCCGCAUACACAGAGAAACAAGCAACUUAUGUGAAUACUGAAGGUCGCGCCCAACAGACACUUGUCGCUGUAUCACCUCCUGGAUAUGCUCGUGAAGAUUGGAAGAUUAUCAGAGCUUUGUCUGAAGUUGUUGGAACCCCCCUCCCCUACGAUACACUUGACGAACUGAGGAACCGCAUUGAAGAUAUCGCCCCACAUCUAAACCGACAUGGAAAACUACAAGGUUCAGCAUUCGGUGCACUUGCCGAACAAUUGGCUGCGCCUAAAUUGAUUGAAAACACAAAGGUUGACAUCAAACAGAAGGUCCUCAAGGACUACUUCAUGACAGAUGCAAUUUCAAGGGCUUCUCCAACAAUGGCCAAGUGCAUAACCGCAGUAAAGAAACAGCAGUCAAAGGUAGCCAUGGCUCAAUAAACAACUCAUGGCGCAAAUUGUUAUUUUUAAAAGAAUUAAUUAAAUUUUCAAAAUACAAUUAUUAAACAAACAAAAACUCUACUCAACAUCAAUGAAUAUUUAUAUUUAAAUAUAUAUUGAAUCUACGAGGCGAUAAUAAUAAUGAGGCACAUCAGAAUCUUCUUCUACCACGCUGCAGACUGAUGUCAUGUUUGUACAUUUAACGAAAACAAAAAUAAGAAAGCAAAUAAAAAAACAGGAACAAUGUUACUUCAAUAAAUUAAAAAUAAAAUACAAACAAAAUUAAGAUCAAGAAA